AGUGGCUAUCCUAUCCUGCAACCCAGCCAAAGCCUGGGAAAGGGGCGUGUGUUCCUUUAAGAGGCUGGCCCAGGAGUGGUGGGGUUUGUUCUGUGCUGUUUCCUUUCUGGCCAUUCAAGAGCCCCAAACAUAUCCCGGAGCCCUCUAGCCUCAUUUACUGAGCAGGGACUGUGGGAAGUCUCACCGGAGUUGUGCUGCUGGCUUGUUUGGAGCCCCGACCCUCAGCCAAGAGCAGUGGAGUUUCUCUGGAUGAGAAAUGCUGUUCAAGUUGUUGAUUGUGUUCCUGCUGCCCUCUGACUGUCCUGGACUUCCUUUCUACAAUGGUUUCUACUAUGGAAAUGUCAUGAAUGACAGAAGCUACAGAAAUGGCAAUGGAGAAGGUUUCUUCAAUGGGGUGAAGCUGGUGGUAGAGACACCUGAGGAUCCCCUGUUCACUCACCGAGGUGCCAAUGUGACCCUGCCCUGCCGCUACCACUAUGAACCGGCACUGACCUCCUCUCGUCCUGUCCGGAUCAAAUGGUGGAAACUUGGGGAAAAUGGGGCCCCCGAGCAGGACGUGCUGGUGGCUAUUGGGUUAAGACACCGAAGCUUUGGGGAAUUUCGGGGCCGUGUUCACCUUUUACAAGAAAAGGAGCGGGAUGUCUCCCUGGUGAUCCAUGACCUCCGCCUGCAGGACUAUGGACGCUAUCGAUGUGAGGUCAUUGAUGGGCUGGAAGAUGAGAGUGGUGUUGUGGAGUUGGAACUGAGGGGUGUGGUGUUUCCCUACCAGCCGCCCCGCGGCCGCUAUCGGCUCCACUUCCACGAGGCGCAGCAGGCCUGUGAGCAGCAGGACGCCGUGGUGGCCUCCUUCGAGCAGCUCUUCCGGGCCUGGGAGGAGGGGCUGGACUGGUGCAACGCCGGCUGGCUGCUGGACGGCAGCGUGCAGUACCCCAUCACCCGGCCGCGGCAGCCGUGCGGGGGGCGCGGCCUCGCGCCGGGCAUCCGCAGCUACGGGGAGCGCCGCCAGAGGCGGGACCGCUAUGACGUCUUCUGCUUCUCCUCUGUGAAAGGGCGGGUAUAUUAUUUAGAGCACCCAGAGAAGAUGACGCUGGCCGAGGCCGAGGAGGCCUGUCAGAAGGAUGGGGCCCACAUUGCCAAGGUGGGGCAGCUCUUUGCCGCUUGGAAGUUCUACGGCCUGGACCGCUGUGAUGCAGGCUGGCUGGCUGAUGGCAGCGUCCGCUAUCCUGUUACCCGUCCCCGGCCUAACUGUGGAUCCCUUGAUCCUGGCGUGCGAAGCUUUGGUUUCCCUGACAAGGAGAGCCGGAAAUAUGGAGUCUAUUGUUACCUACAGAGCUAGGGCUAAGGGGCAAGCCGCCCUCGACCACAGCCUUGGUCCCUUUUCUUUUUCCUGCCUGCUCCUCAGGGCUGGUGUAUUUAUUGAAAGUCUCAUUUUCCCUGAGAGUUGAGGAGAUUUAGAUAACUUUACAUUUUUUCAACAUUUUUGUUUAAAAAUAAUAUUUUUUAUCAUGUGUUUUUUAAAACCAAAAGAGGAAACUGAAUUCUCCAAAGACAUGUCUUCUCAUGUGUCUUUUUUUUUUUUUACUUCUGGAUUCCAUCUUUCACUUAGGGCACGCAGUAGAAUCUUAAAAGCUAGAAGGAACUCCAGAGAUCAUCUAGUUCAAUUGUGUCAUUUUACAGAUGAGGAAACGGAGUUCACGAGAAGGGUCACAAAGCAAGCUCAUGGCACAGCUGGAAUUAGAACCCAGAUUUCUAUGCUGUUAGUCCACAGUUCUUUAGUACCCUGACUUCUCUCUUUUCCUUCCUUUGGGGAAGGUGGGGGCUAUCCUUAUGUGAGAAGAAAAGAGAGAUUCAGGGGUCUUCCCAUCCAUCUUAUGUUGACAUAAAACAAGACAAGGGACUCGAAUCAAGAUUUUGGACAGCUCUUGCUAACUGGCUUCCUGCCGCUCAUACUUUCCUUCUCGUCUCGAAUUUCAUCGGGGACCAUUCUUGUCCAGAUGAAUCCAAAUCAGUCCAUCCAAGAAGCUGAUACUCCAAACAACAUCCCAAGCUCUGCUUCUUUGCCUGAUUCAAGGACUUUUGUGUCUCAGUCUCAUUUUCUAGUUCCUUUCUGGGAACUGCCACUAAGUUUCCAAGAGUAAUAAAUGGUGCUAUGACCUUUUAAAACAGUUUUGGUUCCUCCUGGGUCCUUUUUCUUCUCUUUGUCUCUACCUAUACAUUUUUUUGACUGAGCUGAAUAAUAGUACUUCUUGCUCCAUGGUAAGGUAUGACUGUGGGGAGUGAUAAGAAAGAAGGAAGGGAGGUACCCAAUUAUGUACAUAUUCGUAUGCAGAAGGUAGGGAAAAUAUGGGAGAAUUACUGCUCUCUUGAGUCGGGGGCUGGUGCCAUGGAAAUGUUUUCUUAAAGGCAUUCAAUGAAUUUGUGAAACAAAGGCAUGUAUCUGAAGAGAGGAGUGAGAGGGGAAAGCCCCUGCUGUCUCAGUAAAUAUUAGUAGCUGCUGGAGAUUGGAUUCUAGGGUCAGAUUUGUUUUUAUUAUACCUUCACCCAGACCUAUGACUUUGGGCUGAACACAUCCUCAGGGUCUCAUUACAGAAGCACUCUGUAUUCCUGAAGACAAAUAAAACUAGUUAUCCCUUCUACCUUAUGAGGGUUAGGGGAGCGGCAUUCCCCCCUCAGUCUGGAAAAUCUGCCUAAAACACUUUGGUCCUCCUCCUUUGUACUAGAAAAUCAUGAUUUAUCAUGGUAUUAAAAGAUAAAAUAUGUUUAAUAUACAAUACCACAAUAUAUUUUAUGCAUUUGUGAGUUUCUAAACUUUUGCUGUGUCAUCUGAUGUCCUUUGUGUGUCAUCUGUGGCUUCCACAACUCCCCCAAAUUCCCAUUUAAUUUCUUAUGCUGACCCGCAAUAUAUUAAUGAGAUUGGCUUUAACCCUUGCCUCAUACCAUUCCCUUUAGGAAACCUUUUCCAGUAACAAAGUCUGUUUUGGAGGGCAAAUGUGAUUGACUUAAUUCACCAACAUCUAUGAAAUAUGUAACACCCCUGCACCUGUUGAGCUUACACACUGUUUCUCAGCAAUUAACUGUCCUCAUGAGAACUCAAUCUAUGACACCUGGCCUAGAAAUUUCUAUAAAUAUGGGAACCUUUUUCUAGCUUGCUCUUGAUUCCUUAAAAACCAAGCCUGCCCUAUUGUUUGCAAUAAAUUAUGCCUUGACUGAGAACCAAUAUGCUCUCCGAAAUUCUUUUCCCAGGACCCCAACUGAUCCUGAUUGAUCCUCAUCAAUA